GCAGACAAAGCUUUCAGCACACAACUUGACUGUCCCAAAAUGGAAUGCUGCAAAUAUAUAUUUGGGUUAGUUUUCUUUCUCUAUACAGUUCAAGGAAAUAUUCUGGACAAUUAUGUAAGGACAGAUGGUGCUUGGAUCCUUGGUCAAGAACCCACCAUCUAUAGAACUUUAACUAAAGGAGCUUGUGCUAUCAAAUGUGAAACUGAAACAGCAUUUACCUGCAGGGCGUUUCUAUUUACAGCCAAAGAGCAGCAAUGCAUUAUGUUGAACGACAAUACUAAAACAGCGCCUGUGUUCAGAAAAGCAGGGGCCAUUCUCUUUGAAAAACGAAUAUAUCUCUUGGAAUGCAGAAUUGGAAUUGGAGUGGACUACAGAGGAAUGGAGUCAAAAACACGGAAUGGUGUCGUAUGCCAGAAAUGGACCGACAACAGUCCUCAUAAUCCCAAUUAUACCCCUUCUCUUUAUCCCAAUGCUUCAUUAGAAGAAAACUACUGCAGAAAUCCAGAUCACGAUGGUAAUGGUCCCUGGUGCUAUACAACAAAUCCUGAAACCAGAUAUGAUUCUUGCAACAUACCUGAAUGCGAAGAGCAGUGUAUGCACUGCAGUGGGGAAAACUAUCGAGGCAAAGUUUCCACAACAGAAUCUGGGCUCACCUGCCAGGCAUGGGCUUCUCAAGAGCCUCACACUCAUGGAUACAUUCCUUCCAAAUUUCCAGAAAAGAAUCUGAUAUCAAAUUACUGCCGUAAUCCAGAUGGUGAGCAACGGCCUUGGUGUUUCACUUCCCUCCUGACGAAACGCUGGGAAUUCUGUAGCAUUCCACGGUGCGCUACAUCUCCACCAGCUAUUACGGGCCAACAAUGUCUUGUGGGAAAUGGAGAAGAUUAUCGAGGAAAUGUAGGAGUGACCGAAUCAGGAAAAACCUGUCAAUCAUGGGCAUCCCAAGAACCUCAUACCCAUGGAAGAACUCCAGAAAACUACCCAUGCAAAGGUUUGGAAGAAAACUAUUGUCGAAACCCUAAUGGAGAGACUAAGCCUUGGUGCUAUACAUCUGACCCAAAUACACGAUGGCAAUACUGCAACAUUGCUAAAUGUGAUGAUGUCAUCACAGUUACUGCUGCUGUCCCUGUUGUUCCUCCCCAAAUAUCCCCCCAAGUACCUCAACAGGAACCUCAACAAGUACCUCAACAGGGUGAUGAUUGCUAUAAUGACAACGGCUCAAGUUAUCGGGGUACUACUGCAGUGACUAUCACAGGGAAGAAAUGCCAAGCAUGGAUUUCUAUGCGGCCUCAUCGUCACUCUAAGACACCAUCUGCAUUCCCAGAUGCGGGCUUGACGAGGAACUAUUGCCGAAACCCAGACGGUGGCAAAGCACCCUGGUGUUAUACUACUGAUCCUGAAACAAGGUGGGAGUACUGCAAUCUGCAAAAAUGUGCUAAACCGAAACCUUCGUACACAUUGACACUAGACAUUGACUGCAGGGUUGGAAGUGGCAGAGACUAUCGUGGGCAUAUUGAAACCACAGUGAGUGGUAAGCCCUGCCAAGAAUGGCAAUCACAUGGACAAACUUCUUUCACACCAGAAACUCACCCAACGUCAGGACUGGAGAAAAAUUACUGCAGAAAUCCUGAUGGUGAUACAAACGGUCCUUGGUGCUAUACAACAGAUGAAAAAACAGUCUGGGAAUAUUGUGAUGUUCCACAGUGCCCUGUUCCUGAUGAUGGGUGUGGAAGAGCCAAAUAUCCACCACGUCUAUGUUUUGGAAGAAUUGUUGGUAGCUGUGUUUCAAAUCCUCAUUCUUGGCCCUGGCAGAUGAGUCUCCGUAUUGAUGUUGACAAACGACAUUACUGUGGAGGUACCUUAAUACAGCCACAAUGGGUUCUGACAGCAACUCACUGUUUAAACCGGUCACCAGAUCCUAAUUAUUACACAGUGUCGCUCGGCCUGCACACAAAGGCAGCCUUAGAACCAUCCGCCCAACAUCGCAGCGUUGAGAAAAUAUUCAAAGAACCAUAUCGGGCAGACAUUGCCUUGCUGAAAUUAAGCAGCCCAGUACGGAUCACCAAUGAAGUCAUUCCAGUCUGCUUACCUUCAGCCAACGUUGUUGUAGCAGGUGGAACAGAAUGUUAUGUCACAGGAUGGGGAGACACAAAAGGAACUGGUGGAGAAGGCUUACUUAAAGAGACUGGCUUCCCUGUCAUUGAGAAUAAAGUGUGUAACCGGCCUGAGUUUCUAGAUAAUGGAGUUGAUAACCAUGAACUCUGUGCUGGUAAUAUUGAUGGUGCAUCUGAUAGCUGUGAGGGUGACAGUGGAGGCCCCCUGGUCUGUGAAGAGCAAGGAAGAUAUGUGCUACAUGGUGUCACCUCCUGGGGUGAAGGCUGUGCCCAGCCCAUGAAACCUGGAGUUUAUGUCCGAGUGUCUCACUUUAUGCCAUGGAUCCUUAGCAUUCUGAGAGAAAAUGACUACUUGCCGAAUGCAACAAGAAAAUGAAGAAUAAAUAGAAAUGAAGUGCAAUACAAUGAAAUAAUUUACAUGAAUGUAAAAUAAAUACCAUGAAUAUCCUGUAAGCAACACUUUCUUUCUUUCUUUCUUUCUUUCCUUCCUUCCUUCCUUCCUUCCUUCCUUCCUUCCUUCCUUCCUUCCUUCUUUCUUUCUUUCUUUCUUUGUUGGUUAACACCUCUGUUGGUUACAAGGUGCCUGAGUCUGUAGAACAGUCAUCUGUGUUAGUUAUGAUAUAGAAAAUCUGAGGAUAUUGAAUCGCUAGCAUUUGGCCGGAUAAAUAGCCACUGAAGGAGGAAACCUCUUGGUAUUAUAGCAUGACUUUUGGGACACUUGUCUUUCUGUCUGUCUGUCUGUCUGCCAUGUCAUGUCAUGUCAUGUCAUCUACCUACCUACCAAGUAUCCAGAAUGAUACAAUAUGGUUCCAAAAAGAAAGGCUCUUUCUUAAGAUGAAGUGCAGAAAGAUUUCUCCAAAAUUUCUAUACAGCAAUGUUGGAUGGCUAUGAUGGUGGACCAUUCAUCUCUUUCUGCAAAUGGCAUUAUAUCUUUAAUGCUGCAUUAUAUGAAUUGUUCAUUCAGUUUCAUGAGCACCAUGAGUAAAAAUUCACCAAUAAAUUAUUCCCCAAGUUAUAACUGAAGAUGCAACAUUUCUUUCUGACUCUUUCAUGGUGGCUGGGGAAUUCUGGGAGUUGAAGUCCACAAGUCUUAAAAGUUGCCAAGUUUGGAGAUCCCUUGUCUAGGCCAUCUAGAUUUGCUGAGAUCUCUUUGGAAUACAUGCUCAACCUUCUACAUUGCCUUAGGAGUGAAACAUGCCAUAUAACCACGUUCUUUCAUACUCAUUUUGUUCAAAAGUAUCCAAAAGCAUUUAAACUGCAUUCUCAAAUGUACUUGCUUUUUCUUUUACACAUUUAAGAUUACAUCUUAAGCCCAGUCAGCUGCUUUUCUUUAGGCAAAGCCAGUUUAUAAUUUUUGACCAGUUGUUGGGUGUGGGAGGAGAAAGCGACAGGCAAACUCUCUUCUACUUUGAAUACCAAAUCUAUGUUCCGAGAGAAACCAGAGAGCAGAUUUAAUCUGGCUUUAUAUUUGGUACACAGCUGUAACGCAAGCAAUGUUAGUUAUGUAUUUGUGAAAAAUUUGAAAUGGCUUUUGCUUCAGGUGGGACUUUUAUCUAAAGCAACUAAAACCAUGAAGGGAAGGAAUUUCCUCUGGAGGAUGGUUAAAAAAAAAAAGAAGAAGUAAAGAGUAAAUUCCCCCCUCCAUACCUGCUAGGUGAGCUUGAUGCCUGUCUGACCCAACCAGAGAAUGUGAAUCUGAAAAGAUUGCAAUGUUCAAGAAACCAAUUAAAUCCUUGAGAGUAGCUGUCCAGCCUCUCAAAAACGUCCACAGAUGGCAAAGCCACAACCCCUGUUCCUGCACCUCCCUUCGUAUCCAGUUUAUCUCUCCAAUAUCUAAGAAUUAGCAGUAAGCAUAGAUUGCUGAGUAGACAGAACUUAAGAGAAACAACAAUUAAGAGAAUGGUUAAACAAGUAGCAACUCUAAAUCUCAACCAACAAUGCUCUUACACAUUGGCAACAAAA